GCGGCAUGGAGUCCCUCUUCCCCGCCCCAUUCUGGGAGGCCUUCUACGGCACUCACUUGCAGGGCAACCUCUCCUUCCUGAGCGCCAACCACAGCCUGCUGCCCCCCCACCUGCUGCUCAACACAAGCCACGGCUCCUUCCUGCCCCUUGGGCUUAAGGUGUCCAUUGUGGGGCUCUACCUCGCUGUGUGCGUGGGGGGGCUGCUGGGCAACUGCCUCGUCAUACACACCAAGAUGAAGACAGCUACCAACAUCUACAUCUUUAACUUGGCACUGGCAGACACCCUGGUCUUGCUGACGCUGCCUUUCCAGGGCACAGACAUCCUCUUGGGCUUCUGGCCGUUCGGGAACGCCUUGUGCAAGACAGUCAUUGCGAUCGACUACUACAACAUGUUCACCAGCACUUUCACACUCACUGCUAUGAGCGUGGACCGCUAUGUAGCCAUCUGCCACCCCAUACGUGCUCUCGACGUCCGUACAUCCAGCAAAGCCCAGGCUGUCAACGUGGCCAUCUGGGCGCUGGCCUCCAUCAUCGGCGUCCCUGUUGCCAUCAUGGGCUCAGCGCAGGUCGAGGACGAAGAGGUCGAGUGUCUGGUAGAGGUCCCCGCCCCACAGGACUACUGGGGGCCGGUGUUCGCCAUCUGCGUCUUCCUCUUCUCCUUCGUCAUUCCUGUGCUCAUCAUCUCCAUCUGCUAUAGCCUCAUGAUCCGGCGGCUGCGCGCUGUCCGCCUGCUCUCGGGCUCCCGGGAGAAGGACCGGAACCUGCGGCGCAUCACGCGAUUGGUGCUGGUGGUGGUGGCUGUGUUUGUGGGCUGCUGGACGCCCGUCCAGGUUUUUGUGUUGGUUCAGGGGCUGGGUGUGCAGCCGGGCAGUGAGGCAGCUGUGGCCCUGCUGCGCUUCUGCACGGCCCUUGGCUAUAUCAACAGCUGCCUCAACCCCAUCCUCUAUGCCUUUCUGGAUGAGAACUUCAAGGCCUGCUUCCGAAAGUUCUGUUGCGCAUCCACCCUGCGCAGGGAGACCCAGGUGUCUGACCGUGUGCGCAGUAUCGCCAAGGAUGCAGGCCUGGCUUGCAAGACCUCAGAGACAGUGCCUCGGCCCGCAUGACUAGGCAUGGACCUGCCCCUG